AUGGCUUGGGUGCAGGCCCAACCACAGCGGACCAAGGGCAGGCUGAGAUUUGGCCUGGACUGGAGCUGUCUCAAGGAGGGUGACGUGUCUUUGACUUUUGCAUUCUUCCCUUUUCCUUUCUAUUCUCUUGGUGACGUGAACACAGACAGAAGUAUCUUAAAUAGUGAAGAUGGAGAAAUAUUCAAUUAUGAAGAGCAUGAAUAUGCAUCCAAAAAAAGGAAAAAGGACCAUUUUAGAAAUGACACAAAUACUCAAAGUUUUUAUCGUGAAAAAUGGAUCUAUGUCCAUAAAGAAAGCACAAAAGAAAGGCAUGGCUAUUGCACCUUGGGAGAAGCCUUUAAUCGGUUAGACUUCUCAAGUGCAAUUCAAGAUACCCGAAGGUUCAAUUAUGUGGUCAAAAUGAUGAUUAUUCCCCACCUUCUAAGAGACAAAGACCAACGAGCCACCACAGCCACCAGUCCCAGAACCCGCCAAUGCUGGGGAACGGAAAAUGAGGGAGUUCAACUCUGGCCCUCACAAUCCAGUGGAGGAGACGAAACUCAUCUGCCUCUGUCCCUCUGGGCACGCCUCAUGCCAGGUGCAUCUGUGGACAGGGGCCAUGCUCCUGGGCUUCCAAAGUUGGAGAAAGCUGCCAGGCUCAGGUCUGAAGGCCAGAAUUCUACAGUAAGUCCUACUGAGUCAAGGUGGGAGCAGGGUCGGUGGCUUCUGAGGCUCUGCGGGAGAAUCCGUUUCCUGGCCGUAGAGGUGGCCUGCACUCCUCAGCUUGUGCUGCCCGUCUCGAAUGACUGGAGUUUCCUGCUUCUGUCACUACACCUCCCACCCUCUCCAUCACCUGCUCUGCUCUUACAAGGAUCCGAGUGGAGUCUUGCUCUGUCAUCCAGGCUGGCAGUGGCGUGAUCUUGGCUCACUGCAAUGUCUGCCUCCUGGGUUCGGGUGAUUCUCCUGCCUCAGCCUCCUGAGAAGCUGGGACUACAGGCGCCCGCCACCAUGCCCUGCUGUUUUGUAUUUUUGAGAAAUGGAAUCAUCGUAUCGCUGAUCUACGUAAACAAACUGAAGAAUUGUCUGAAAGAAAAUAUGACAUGAACUUAUGAAUUCAACAGGUGAAGAUUUACAACUUGAUAAAUCAACUUUGUGAGCUCGAGCUGUAAAAGCCAAAGGUCUGGUGAUGAUCCCAUACCCUUUUUUCCAGUCUCAUGUUGAAGAUUUUUAUGUAGAAGGCCUUCCCAAAGGAAUUUUUUUUUUUUUUUUUUUUUGAGAUGGAGUUUUCACUCUUAUCGCCCAGGCUGGGGUGCAAUGGCACAACCUUGCUGGUCACUGCAACCUCUGCCUCCUGGGUUCAAGAAAUUCUCCUGCCUUAGCCUCCCAAGUUGCUGGGAUUACAGGUGCCCACCACCACAGCAGGCUAAUUUUUGUAUUUUUAGUGGAGAUGGGGUUUCACCAUGUUGGCCGGGCCAGUCUCGAACUCCUGACGUCAAGUGAUCUUCCCGCCUCGACUCCUGACAUCAAGUGAUCUUCCCGCCUCAGCCUCCCAGAGUGCUGAGAUUACAGACGUGAACCCAUGCCUGGCCAGGAAUUUUGUUUUUUAGGAAGGAUUUCUACUAAUGGAAUUCCUGGCCUUGAGAGGAUGUUACUUUCGAAGGAAAGGAUUUUUUUUGUUAUUAAAAGGUUCAAGCAAUUCUCCUGCCUCAGCCUCCUGAGUAGCUGGAUUUACAGGCAUGUGCCACCAUGCCUCGCUAAUUUUUUGUAUUUUUAGUAGAGAUGGUGUUUCACCAUGUUGACCAGGCUGGUCUAGAACUCCUGACCUUGGGUGAUCCACCCGCCUCGGCCUCCCAAAGUGCUGGGAUUACAGGCAUGAGCCACUGCGCCCAGCCUGGGCCUGCUUCUUUCUCUUUUUCUUUUUUUCAUUAGCAGCUUAAAAUUGGUGCCUUAUUCAGACACAAGCAAAAGGACAUUAGCCCAGCUUUGGAAAUAGAGCCACCUAAGCUGAAGAUUCCCUUGAGAACAAGUACUGUCCUGCGGUUUCAUGGCCUUUCUUCCAUUUGUGGUUCUUGCGAAGUGGAAUUUAAAUGACAUCUUACCAAGAUGGAUAAACCCUAGUUUCCCAGUGCUGGAAUAUAGAAAAUGGAUGGACAAGUAAAUCCCACUCAGCACCCAUAGUCCAGGCAUGGGGAUCUCAACACACCUGAGCCCCAGACAUCACCUUUCAUUCUGGACCUACCAUGAAAGACUUCUGAAUCCAGGAAGAGAAACUGACUGGGCAACAUGUUAUUCAGAGACAGGGCCUCGCUCUGUUGUCCAAGCUUGUGUGCAGUGCUGCAAUCAUAGCUCAUUGAAGCCUCAACCUCCAGGGCUCAAGUGAUUCUCCUGCUUCAGCCUCUCAAGUAGCUGGAAUUACAGGGUUCCCACCACCACAUUUGGCUAAUUUCUUUUAUUUUUUGUAUAGAUGGGGUCUUUUUAUGUUGCCCAGGUUGGUCUCAAAUUCCUAGGCUCAAGUGAUUCCGCCCAUCUCUGCCUCCCAAAGUGCUGGGAUUACGGGCAUGAGCCAGCGCAUCUGGCCACCUUAUUUUCUAUUACUGGCUCAAUGUAAUGGCUCCAUCUCAGGAACAGCCAAUGAAAGAGAUGCACAAGUGGGGAGGGGCACAGAGCUUCCAUGUCCUCUGUUGGGCACACUACCCUCCCAGGACCUCCUUGUGUUUAGCAACACAGAAGCUCUCCAAACCCUGCUGUUUGGGUGUUUAUGGAGGCAUGAUUGAUAAAAUCAUUGGCCAUUGGUAGUUAAGUCAAUCUCCAGUUCCUUUUACCUCCUGGAGUUCAGCAGGUGAGGCUGAAAGUUCCAAGCCUCAAAAAAUGUGGUUGGGGCCAGGUGCAGUGGCUCACUCCUGUAAUCCUAGCAGUUUGGAAGGCUGAGGCACAUGGACCACUUGAGGUCAAGAGUUUGAGACCAGCCUGACCAACAUGGUGAAACCCCGUUUCUACUAAAAAUAACAACAGUUAGCUAGGCAUUGUGGCACAUCCCUAUAAUUCCAGCUACUCGGGAGGCCGAGGCAGGAGAAUUGCUUGAACCCGGGAGGUGGAGGUUAUAGUGAGCUGAGAUUGUGCCAAUGCACUCCAGCCUGGGCUACAAGAGCCAAACUCCGUUUUAAAAAAAAAUUGUGGUUGCUUUCUCUGGCAGCUAGCCCUCCUCCUGAAGCAGUCUAGGAGCUUGCAGCCACCCUGUUAGCACAACAGCAUCCCACAUGCAUUCUUACCAUGCUGCAGAUCUGAAAGACCUUAGAGGCCCUUGUGUCAGGAACCUGGGACUAAGACUAAAUAUCAAAACAGAAAAUGCUCCUAUUACCUCUGUCACGAAGGGCUUUAUAAGAGCUUUGGAAGCGCUAUGCCAGGAACCAGGGGCAGAGACCAAAUGUAUAUUUCUUUUCUUAUAUUGGAGACAGAGUCUCACACUCUGCCACUGAGGCUGGAGUGCAGUGAUGUGAUCAUAGCUCACUGCAGCCUUGACCUCCUGGGCUAAAGCAAUCCUCCCACCUUAGCCUCUCCAGUAGCUGGAACUACAGGCAUGCAUCACCAUGUCCAGCUGAUUUUAAUUUUAAUUUUGUAAAGGCAGGGUCUUCCUAUUUUCCCCAGGCUGAUCUCUAACUCUUGGCCUCAAGCAAUCCUUCCUCUUUGGCCUCCCAAAAUGUUGGGAUUACAGAUGGGAGCCCCCAUACCCACCAAUCACAAGGAUCUUUAUAAGAGAAGGAGGUAGGAUAGUCAGAAUUAGAGAAAGUGAUGUGGUAAUGGAAGAAGAGGUCAGAGAGGGAGAUUUGAAGAUGCUGCACUUCUGGCCUUGAAUAUGGAGUCACGAGGUAAGUCAAGGAAUGGGGGUGGCUUGUAGAAGCUGGAAAAGGCAAAGGAGCACAUUCUGUCUAGAGCCUCCCCCAGAAGGAAUGCAGCCCCUCUGACACCUUGACUUUAGCCUUAAUAGACCUAGUUGGGCUUCUGGCCCCCAGAACUGUAAGAUGGUAGAUUUGUGGUGUUUGAUGCCACUAAAUGUAGGGUACUUUGUUGUAGCAACAACAAAAAAUGAACAUGAAGCUGGGACCUCAUGUUACAGUUGCUCACGCCUGUAAUCCCAGAACUUUAGGAGGCUGAGGUGGGAGGAUCGCUUAAGCCCAGGAGCUUAAGACCAGCCUGGGCAGCAUAAUGAGACCUCAUGUCUAAAAAAAAAUUUUUUUAAAGGCCAGGCACGGUGGCUCACGCCUGUAAUCCCAGCACUUUGGGAGGCCGAGGAGGGUGGAUCACGAGGUCAGAAGUUCAAGACCAGCCUAGCCAAGAUGGUGAAACCCCAUCUCUACUAAAAAUACAAACAUUAGCCAGGUGUGGUGGUGGGUGCCUGUAAUCCCAGCUACUCGGGAGGCAGAGAAUCACUUGAACCCAAAAGGCAGACAUUGCAGUGAGCCAAGAUCGCACCCUUACACUUCAGCCUGGGCGACCGAGACUCCUUCUCAAAAAAAAAAAAAAAAAAAAAGCCAUGUGUUGUGGCAUGCAGCUGUAGUCUCAGUUCCUAGGGUGGCUGAGGCGGGAGGAUUGUUUAAGCCUGGGAGGUUGAAGUUGCUGUGAGCUGUGAUUGCACCAGUGUACUCCAGCCUGGGCAAUAAAGCAAGACCUUGUUUCAAAAAGAAAGAAAGAAAUGAGCAUGGUGGGAAUGGGGACAGAUGGCAGUGUUAAGUAGAGUGAUCAGGGUUGGCCUCAUAAGUGAAUAUUGAGCAAAAGUUUGAAGCAGGUGAUGGAGCUGGCCAAGGUGCUGAGGGAAGAGCAUUGUAGGCUGAGUCAACAGGAUAAAGGCAUUAGGAGGAAACUCUCUGGUGUGUCUGAGGCUCUGGAAGGAGGCCAGUGGAGCAAAGAGAUAGAGGGAGCGAAGUCAGCGAGGAAGCCAGGGAGUUGCUGGGCUGGGAUCGGUACAGAUCGUGUAAGCCCUGGGACGCUAUUGCUGGGGCUUUGGCUUUUACUCUGACUAAAAUGGGAACCACCGAGGGCUUCUGAGCAGAGAGGCGACAUGAUCUGUCUCCUGAUUUAAAAGCACGACCUGGCUGCCAAGUUGAGAAAGACUAUGGGAAGAUUUGGGUAGAAGCAUGGGGGCCAAGCUGUGGCAACAUCCCGGUGGGAGAUGAUAGUGAUCCUGACCGGGUUCACGGUGGUGGUGAGAGAUGGUUAGAGCCUGGAUACAUGUUGAAGUCAGUCAGUAGGAUUUCCUGACAGACUGGAUGUGAGCUGUGAGAGAAGGCAGUGGUCAAGGUUGAGUUUGAUUCUGAUUGAAUUAUUAAGUAAUUUUAAAAAACACUACUGCCUUUCCCAAUCCUACCAAGUAAAGGAUGCUAGAUAAAAGAAAUCUCAAGUCAGGCCAGGUACAGUGGCUCACACCUAUAGUUCCAACAGUUUGAGAGGCAGAGAUGGGAGUAUGUUUUAAGGCCAUGAGUUUGAGAGCAGCCUGGGCAACACAGCAAGACCUCCUCUCUACAAAAAUAAAAAAAAUAAAUUUAAUAAAAUAAAAUAAAUAUAGCCAGGCAUGAUGGUAUGUACCUAUGGCCCCAGUUACUCAUGUGGCUGAGAUGGGCAGAUCUCUUGAUUCUAGGAGUUUGAGGCCAGCUUGGGCAACAUAGCAAGUCUUCUCUCUCUAGAAAAAUGAAAAAAAUGCCUGACAUGGUGGUACUUUCCUGUAUUCCCAGGUAUGGGGGCAGCUGAGGCAGGAGCAUCUCUUGAGCCCAGUUGGUCAAGGUUGCAGUGAGCUAUGAUUAUACCACUGCACUCCAUCCUGGGUGACAGAGUGGGACCCUGUCUCAAAAUACAAAUACAAAUGAAAUCUCAAGUCAGACCAGUCCCUUCUAGGCUAUGUAGGCCUUGUAACCAUAUAGCUGCAUGAUCGGGUUUGUGUGGCUGUGGAUGAGGAGACCCCUGUCCAAUUGUUGGCUAUGUAAUCAGUUUAUUUUUCAAUAUAGUAAUCAAAUAUAUUUCAUCAUACUUGAUGGUCUCAGAUAUGUGUGGAUUUUGGAAUUCCCCUUGGUACAGGUUGUAACAUCUUAUUGGCUCCAUAAUUCCAUAAUUUUUAAAAUCUGAUCAGUUUUUAAUAAGAUCAGAAUUUAUAUUAGACUACUUAAUCGGUUUUGUUAAUGAGAAAAUGAAAUUGUGUUGUUUGCAUUUUAUCCAAGAUGGGUGUCAUAUUGGGUAAAUAUCAUCAAUACUUGAACAAAUGCAAAAUUAGAGCUUCUUUAUCAUGAAACAUGAUGUAAUUCUUGAAGAAGAUGCCAUUUCUUUUUUUUCUUUUUCUUUUUUUUAAGAUAAGAGUCUUUCUCUUGUCACCCAGGCUGGAGUGCAAUGGUGCGAUUUUGGCUCACUGCAACCUUCACCUUCUGGGUUCAAGCCAUUCUCCUGCCUCAGCCUCCCGAGUAGCUGGGAUUACAGGCACCCGCCACCAUACCCAGCUAAGUUUUGUAUUUUUAGUAGAGAUGGGGUUUCACCAUGUUGGCCAGGCUCCUCUGGAGCUCCUGAUCUCAGGCAAUCUGCCUGCCUCAGCCUCCCAAAAUUCAAGGAGUACAGAUGUGAGCAACCAUGCCCGGCCUCCAUUUCUUUUUUGUAGUCUUUAAUAAACAGCUGCUAUCAUUGCAGACUUGCUGUUUAGGCACUUAGGAAUUUUUCACUAGAAGGCAUGUAAAUAAAGACCAUGGGCAAUUGUAAUGAAUUUUGUGUUCAUUCUUUGACUACAUGACUGUCCCCAGAGCUGUAACUUUAUUGAAUUUUUUAGAAGCCAUUUAGCUAGCAACUGAGCCUAACCAGCCACUCACCGUCAUUAUUCAGUGCUCUUUUAUUAUUGUCUAUUUCUCCUCCAACUUGGCUACACUCACAAAGUGAUAAAAACUUGCAUUUGUUUUCUUUCCUUUUCAGAGACAGCAUCUUGCUCUGUUGCUCAGGCUGCAGUACAGUGACAUGAUCAUGGUUCACUGUAGCCUCAAACUCCUGGGCUCAAGCGGUUCUCUCACUUCAGUCUCCCAAGUAGCUGGGACUACAGACAUGUGCCACCAUGUCCAGCUAAUUUUUUAUCAUAGAGACGGGAUCUUGCCACGUUGCUCCGACUGGGCUCAAAACUCCUGACCUCAAGUGAUCCUCCUGCCUCAGCCUCCCAAAGUGCUGGGAUUACAGGCAGGCAUGACCACCUGUGCCCAGCCCCCUAUUAUUAUUAUUUUAAAUAAUAGCUUUAUUAAAAUAUUCACAUACCAUUCACUUUAUUUAUUGAAAUCUGCAAUCCAGUAGGUUUUAGAAUAUUCACAGAGCUGUGCAUCGAUCACCACAGUCACUUUUAGAACCCUUCAUUACCCUAUAGAGAAAUCCAUACCCCUUAGCCACUACCUCCUACUCUCCCCACCUACCUUCGCCCCCAGCCUUAGGCAACCAUUGAUUAAUUUUUUUGUCACUAUAGAUUUGCCUAAUCUGGACAAAUAGAAUUGUACAAUAUG